AUGGCAGGCCGCAAGCGCUCUUUUGCCAGCCCAUUCUUUACCCUUCUUCCCACCUCUCUCACAGCUCUGUGUCUCUUCUGCUUUCCUUCUUCCUCCGCUCUCCCUCUGCCUCCCUCAACAGACUCUCGCGUCAGCCCAGCGAUCAACCCUUCCGGCGCUUACGACCCCGACGCUUCCGGUGUGUCCACCGGUUACAACACCACAAAACCGGGAGGUGUCUGGACCGUGGUCACUACCAAGUCCGGCGUCUCGGGGGUUCACUGGGUGAUCACACCGAUUGUCAACACGCUGGUGAUGAUCGAUCGGAGCGACAAAAACAACAGCUACCUGACGCUCCCCGACGGCCGCCCCUCGGUCGCGUGCGCGCACGAUUUGGCGAACCCCGCGGCCGCGCCGCGCGCGCUGGACGUCAUCUACAACGCGUUCUGCUCCGGGGGGCUGUUUUGGCCCAACGGGACACUGGUGGUGCAGGGGGGGUACCAGGAAACCAGCGGGUCCGACAUCGGCUACAACGCGGUGCGCAAUCUGGAUCCCUGCCCUGCGAAUGGCACGUGCGACUUUUAUGAGUACAAAGGUGUCACACUCCUGGCGAAGCGCUGGUACCCGACCGCCCACAUAAUGCCGGAAGGUGACCGGUUGAUCCUGAUCGGGGGAUCCACUCAGGGCUUCAUUUUCCUCAUCGAUGAUGAGGAAUCCAACUCGGCGACGUACGAGUUCCAUCCUCGGACCAAACCGGCGGAUAUGAAGCUCCGCCCCAUGCCGCUGCUGACGCGCGCGUCCCCGGCCGUGCUGUACCCGUUCCUGCAUUUAAUGCCCAACGGCUACUUCUUCGUGAUGGCCAACACCCAGGCGGUGCUCUUCAAUUUUGACACGGGGGACGAGAUCCUUCUACCGGAUAUCCCGGGCAAGAUCUGCCGGUCUUACCCCUGGGCCGGUUCCUCGGUGCUCCUUCCUUUGUCCUCCGCCAAUAACUACACGCACGAGAUCCUGGUCUGCGGUGGCUCUCCUUUUGACAAUGACAUGUCACGGGACAAAAAGGCGUCCGAUUCCUGCGGACGCAUCCGUCCGCUGGACGCCAACCCGCAGUGGGAGAUGGAGACCAUGCCGGACGCCCGCAUCAUGCCGGACCUCAUCAUGACGGCGAACGGACAGGCGAGUGGUUUCGAAGAAUGGGCGGUCGUUUAUCCUGGCAUCACAGAAGCUAGCACUGGAGUUGGCAGCUUGGAGCGAGUGGUCAUCGUGAACGGCGCCCGGCAGGGCCGCGCCGGCAACUCCAACGGCACCUCAUUCGCCCACAACCCGGUCCUCACGCCCGCCCUCUACAACCCCCGGGCGCCGAACGGCACCCGGUUUACUAACCUUAACCCAACCACCAUCGGACGGCUGUAUCACUCCCUCGCAACACUGGGCCCCGACGGCGCGAUACUGAUCGGGGGGAGUGCCCCUUAUGAUUGCUGCCCCGGGUGCGGGCCCACGUGCUACGAAUCAUAUGGUUACACGUGUACCAACGCCCCAAACGCGGACUGCUACCCGAGCGAGUACACGAUCGAGCGCUUCUUCCCGCCAUACUUUUUCAACAGCGCCGUGCCACAGCCCGUCAUAAGCAGCGCGCCGGCCGGCAUCGCGUAUGGGCAGGCGUUCAAGGUGGUGUUCCGGGUGCGGUCGGGGCUGACCGCGCCCGCGGUGCGCGCGGCCAUUGUGAACCCGGGCUUCGGCACGCACUCUCAGCACAUGGGCCACCGCUUCGUCUGGCUGGACAUCGACUACGCCAACCUCACCUACUCCAAAUCUACCGGUGACGUCACCGCCUCCGUCACCGCCCCACCGAGCAACCUCAUCGCGCCCCCCGGCUACUAUUACCUCUUCUGCCACGAAUCCAACAUUCCAUCGAAGUCCGUGUGGGUGCAGCUGACGUAG